UUUCCCUGAUACUCUCUUAGCUCUCUCUUGCUGUGACAAUCCCAACUGCAUCUGUCUCUCCCUGUCCUGUCUUGUCUCCUUCUGCCUCACAUGCUCCCGUAUUGCUCACUUUGCCUUCCAGUCUCUUCAUUGAAGAGUGCACUCCCUCCCUCGCUACCUCUCCCUAAUUCUUAACAUGCUCUCUCUCUCCCUGUCCUACCUUACCUGCAGUCUUUUUUUAUAUUGGCGUUCUGUCCCCCAACACUCUUUCUACCAUGUCUGCUCCUUACUACCCCCUCUGUAGAACCCUCUUACUUAUUACCUCCCUGUCCCAGCACAUAGCUUCCUCACGAGUGUUCUACAGUUCAUACUCACUCUACAAACCCUGCUACUGCCUCUGCCUUUCCUCCCUCUCCUUUGAAUGUCAGCAGCUGAACUAGUCCCCUCUUGAGUUUUGGCCCCAGGAUGUCGGCCCUGCAGAAGUUGGAGAACUUUGCCUCACGGGUCUUCAGCCGUGGCCCCCGCCGUCCAGCUCCGGGACGGGAGCCAGGGCCCCCCAACAGUCCUCCGGCGCCCAGCUUGCCUAGCAGCGUGCUGAGCUGGGAUCGGGAGAUGAAAGAAUUCCUGGCCAAAGCGAAGGAAGACUUCCUGAAAAAAUGGGAGAACCCAGCACAGAACACUGCUCAUCUGGACCAGUUUGAGCGUAUAAAGACUCUGGGUACAGGCUCAUUCGGUCGAGUGAUGCUCGUCAGACACAAGGAGAAUGGCCAUCACUAUGCUAUGAAGAUCUUGGAUAAGCAGAAGGUGGUGAAGUUGAAGCAGAUCGAGCACACUCUGAAUGAGAAGCGCAUCCUACAGGCUGUUAAUUUCCCUUUCCUUGUGCGUCUGGAGUAUUCAUUCAAGGACAACACUAACCUUUACAUGGUGAUGGAGUACGUAGCGGGGGGCGAGAUGUUCUCUCACCUGCGCAGGAUCGGGCGCUUCAGUGAACCUCACGCCCGGUUUUACGCCUCCCAGAUUGUAUUAACCUUCGAAUAUCUGCACUCUCUGGACCUUAUAUACAGAGAUCUGAAGCCAGAGAAUCUGCUCAUAGACCAACAAGGCUACAUACAGGUGACAGAUUUUGGAUUUGCCAAGAGAGUCAAGGGGAGAACUUGGACUCUAUGUGGGACCCCGGAAUACUUGGCCCCUGAAAUUAUUCUUAGUAAGGGGUAUAAUAAGGCCGUGGACUGGUGGGCUUUGGGUGUCCUGAUUUAUGAGAUGGCUGCAGGUUAUCCACCAUUCUUUGCUGAUCAACCUAUUCAGAUCUAUGAAAAGAUUGUAUCUGGGAAGGUCCGCUUCCCCUCUCAUUUCAGUUCUGAUUUGAAGGAUCUACUCAGAAACCUUUUGCAGGUUGAUCUUACCAAACGAUUUGGGAACCUGAAGAACGGUGUGACAGACAUCAAAGGCCAUAAAUGGUUCAGCACCACAGACUGGAUUGCAGUCUAUCAAAAAAAGGUUGAGGCCCCAUUCAUACCGAAGUGCAAGGGCCCAGGUGACACCAGUAACUUUGAUGACUAUGAAGAAGAAGAGAUCAGAGUUUCCAUAACAGAUAAGUGCGCCAAAGAAUUCUCUGAGUUCUGAGGAGCACAGUGACAGCAGGAGCCAUUACCUAAGACCUCCCGCAAUCAAGAGAGACCGAUGGAGAGAAAGCCGCUGACCGGCACAAAAACUUCUCCUUCCCUUUCACACUACCCACCUCUCUAGCUUUUAUUAGUGGUGCAGAAUCGACUUGGCGGCCAUCUUAUUUUAUCCUGGAUCUGGUGGUGCUGGUUUCGAUUGGUCCUGGAGAUCCCCGGUCUCUGUCAUCCCCACUUCCCUCACACUUUUGCUUCUCUCCUUGACAGAUCAGAGGGGCCAAGAAAGUUAUUUAAAUGUGACUGGUUCCUCUAGGGUGGAGUCAGAACCUUAGGGGCAGGGCCAUAUCUCUCAGGGGUGUGGCCUAUGUUAUUAUUAUUUGUUUAUUUUUUUUAACCAUUUUCAUCCGAAGAGCUUGGCUACUGGUUUUUAAUCAUUUAGUUUACAUAGUUUAUAAAUAUUGAACUGUUUUAAUCUGACUUCUCUUCCCUGCCACUCACUGUCCUGUUGCCCAGCUUUCCCCGUGCUAGAAUGACUUUUAAACUGAAAGUGCCAGUUUUUACCCCCACCUCACACCACUGUUUAGUUCACGAAUCCACGUUUUUGCCUCUGGGUUUAACCCCUUCUCCCAUCAUUAAUGCCAUGCAAUUCUUCCGGUAUGUUCUCUCAUACCAUAUUGGUUGUCUACAAAAAAUACUUCCUUACUAGGCAUUAGACAGUAGUUAUGGGAAAGAAAACAAACCUCUGCCUUGCCCACUCAUCAGAAUGAAGUUUUAAAAAUGAGAUGGCCCCCACUGUGGGUUUUGUGGGGUUUUCAUGAGACACACAGGCGGAAUAUCAUUUGUUAGGUGAGGCAGUUAUUCAGUUUUAUAUAGCUGUGAUGAUGUGCAGCAUCAAGGACAAGAAGCCAGCUACCAAGAGGAACCUCUUCCCAUCUACCACCCCACUACAGUAAUGUUCUCAGCGAAACACUUAAUGGGGUUUGUAGGCAAUAAGACACUAUUGUUAUCCUGACGUAAUGACAGGAAUACUUAGCCAAUACUGUAUGUGUAUGAGCUGCCUCUUUGUCCUUUUCUGGAGAAUUAUAACCAAUUUAGAAGGGCAAUAAGACACUCGUGCUAUGCUGUUGGCUUCUGUUAGGGUUAUUUUCACCCAGCCCACUACAAAGUGCCUUAUUGUCCCAAUAACCGUGUUAACGAAGAGCAAUGAGUGCAUUAAGUCCGUCUAGUCAUCCAGUGCUUACCUAGGCCAAGGACAGUGGAAGGACAGGAAUGAAGUGAGCCAUGCCUGAAGGUGGGCUUAAUUGUAUUGUAUAAAGAUCCACAGCAGGGUUUUACUGGCUUACAGGGUUAGAUGGAGGUUUCUUUCCAUCUGACCAGCACUAGAGGUACUGUUUUUAUUGAAAUUGGUGAAAUGUGUUGUGUUGUCCACCUUUUAGUGAUAAAAGCACUAAAAUCUAUUUAUAUCAUGCCUAAAUGUUGCUGGGGCAGCAUCUUUUUAGGGAAUAUUGUUGGUAAGUCUAAACCAGAGCUCUACCGAUUUGGAGACAUUGGAUAGGUCUAUCUCCUAUCCAUAGAGCCUGAGACUUGUUUCUCAGUUUCCAUCCCAAAUACAUGGCUGUAGAAUCAGACUUUUUGAAGUGUUAAGAAUUGCAAUAGGACACUCAUGAAAUGGGAAUGUGCAGCUAUGUAGAAAUAAUGCUGUGGAAGGUUAUCUUUCCCCUAAAGUGUAACCGUAUCAUGUAAUUUAACUCUAAAUCCAAACAACCAUAAUUGAAAUUGUUCUGUUCGAUGCUGGUUUUUAAAACCAGGUUCAGCAUGGACUAUAGGUCAGGGUUCUGGGGCCGUACUCACCUGAUGUCACUGCUCAGUACUGUAUUGUCUGCAACACUAUUCCUUGUUCGUUAAAAAAGGCCCCGGCUGUGAAGAACUUUGUAUGGAAAGUCCAAUUUAAGGGCCUUGUGAAAUCUAAGAAUGGUGAAGGUAGUGACACUUGAAAAUUAGGACACACCGUCCCAACCUAUCUAUAACAUGACAAGUGGAAGUGGGCUGGCUUAUUACAGUCAUAGAUGGUGAGGGAAGCGGUAUAAUUUGGGGGCAGAUAUGUGAAUUUCAAAUGCGUAUUCACUUACACAAAAAAAUAUAUAUAUAUAUAUAUAUAUAUAUAUAUA